CGCUUUGAUGAGCUAUCCUACACUAUAUGUAGCAUCCCCAAACCUCUAAAGAAGUUUGCCUGUUAGUUUCCUUGGUUUCUUAAGAUAUUUACUUCUGUCAUAAAAAUUACUUAUUCGUUCCUCAGAUUUUCAAUCUUUUUCGAGCUAUCAAUUAUGAAUUACGGUAAAUCUAAUCUACCUCAUUUUAGACCUUGCAUCACAGUGGCAACUGACAUUCCCCCAGACUGGAUCCUUGACGGAGGAUAUCUCCCAAAUGCUGUAAUCCGCCUUGGUAUCCGUCGCCAAUUGCGUGACCGUAUUGAGUUGAUAAAGAGUACCUCAUUAGAAGACGCCUAUGAGCGUAAAAUGAGCUAUGUAGAGCUUCUUCGUAGUCGUCCGAUUGCCAUUGAGACGGCUGCUGCAAAUGAACAGCAUUAUGAGGUCGGAACGGGUGUUCUUGCUGCGUGUCUAGGGCCAAGAAUGAAGUAUAGUUGUUGUUUGUAUCCUAAGGGAAGUGAAACUUUGGGUCAGGCGGAAGUGGAAAUGCUGGAGACUUAUGUGAAAAAGGCUGGAUUGAAGGAUGGGAUGAGUGUCCUGGAUCUUGGGUGAGUGCUUCUGAGUUCUAGAUACAAGAAUUAUGGAAAGGAAGUGGGAGUGGCUAAUACAUUUUAGAUGUGGUUGGGGUUCAGGAGCAUUGUAUUUCGCGGAAGUUUUUCCAAAUUCGAAGAUCACGGCGUUCUCGAACUCGAGAACCCAGAAGCUAUACAUUGAUGGGAAAGCCAAGGAGAAGGGGUUCCAAAAUCUGACAGUGAUCACCGGGAAUGUGGUGGAUUACGAAUUCGAGAAGGAGAGUUUUGACCGAGUUGUAUCCAUCGAGGUAAGUCACAUGUAAAGAAUUCAUUUAAGUCAAUAGCUAACAAGAGGAAGCUUUUUGAGCAUAUGAAGAACUAUGAGCUACUGAUGGCAAAAAUUGGAAGAGCCUUGAAGCCAGGGGGAAAAUUGUUUGUCCAUAUCUUUGCCCACAAGACUACACCGUACGACUUUGAGGAGGGAUGGAUGAGCACACAUUUUUUCGUGAGUAUAAUAUAUUCUUCGCAAUCCUUCGAUUCAAAAUGCUUUUGGUGUUACAUCUACUGUAUCCUUUUCCCUGCCUGACACGGCUUUUGUUCUUGAUUGUGCCCCCAGAGCAUAACCUUUCCCCUUUUAACGGCAAUCACUAACUUGUUAACUUUGUAGUCUGGAGGUACCAUGCCAUCUGCAGAUCUGUUGUUAUUCUUUCAGGAAGAUCUCAAACUUGAGAGGCAAUGGUGGGUGAAUGGCCAACAUUACGCAAAGACUUGCGAGGUAUGUAAACUUUGCAGUUUAGACUUGUCUGUUCCUCGCUAAUGAAUCAUGUAGGAUUGGCUGUCAAAGAUGGUAGCUAGCAAGCAAGAGAUUUGGCCUCACCUAACAGAGACAUAUGGCGAGAAAGAUACCGCAAUGUGGUAUUACCGCUGGCAAAUUUUUUACCUCGCAGUAAGUUGCUUCCCUCUAUCUGUUCAUAGUGUCUAUACUAAUUUAAUAACAGUGCGCCGAGUUGUUUGCAUAUGAAGGUGGAGAUACCUGGGGUGUAUCCCACUACUUAUUUGAGAAGCCCAACUCUGCGUAAUAACAUAGACACUGUAGAAUCCAUAGACUGCGUAUAAUUGAUUCAAUUUCAACUCCAAUGCCCAAUGAUAUUUCCUUCCGUAUGUACAGG